UCGAGGGGGUUCGGGGUUCGGGCCUCGCCGUCCGUGCGGUUACCGUUGUAACUUUUUCGAGCCCAAUUUCGAAAUUUCAAAAACCGCUCGCUGCGAGGAGGGAUACACGGCAAUCUUUCCAACUUCCACUUCCACCUUCUGCCUUUCCACAUUCGCAAAAUAGCCGAAUCGCGGACAGAGCGAAGUGCAGGAGCACAAGAAGAUGGACGAGAGGAGCGACCGCGGCGGCGGCAAGGACCGGGCGAGGCGGUUCUCCUUCUCAUGGGCCGACGAGGUGGAACGAGAAGAGCAGCAGCUUUACGAGCAGCAGCAGCAGCCGGCGCCGCCGCCGCGCCGCGAGGAGAAGAAUGAGCCGGCCAAAACGGACCCGUUCGGCGCGGCGCGGCCCCGGGAGGUGGUGCUGGCCGAGAAAGGCGUCGACUGGCGCGCUCGCGACCGGGAGCUCGAAUCCUCCCGCCGCAGCGCUGCCUGCAGAACCUCCAGGACGCGCGCGCGGGGGAAGCGGGAUGUGAGGGCUGCUGCACCGGCGCCGACGGUGACGCCCCGGCGGCCACAAGCCGAUUCGACUCCGGCCCCGAUUGUGCACCGCAAGACCGAAGAGCCGCAGCCUGUCAGCUAUAGAGGCAGGGGCGAAAGGGGCGGCAAGAGGAAAUCCUCUGGAGAGGUGCAGGCGCGGCAAGUACCGCAGGUGGCUGAUCAGGGAAGGGGAGUCCUUCGUGAACUCAACAUUGGAUCGCGCGGCAAUUCGUCUCUCUGGAGUUCCAAGAAGAGCCGUAACUCGACUGCAACUCAACGAAUUGUAGCGACAGAGAUCGCAACGGCAGACUAUGAGAACAGAGGCAGUAGCAGCAGGGUGCCAACGAAGAGUGAUGGUAGUUCAGAAAUUGGUCAGAAGAGGAUGGGUAAGGGAAGGAGGCGGAGGAGGAUUAGAACGAACAAGUCAAAGAAGCAGCAAACUCUACCACUCUAGGUACAAGUACUGCACUGAUUAUUGACUAAACUGGAUAGUUGUCUCAUUGUCAUGGUGUCUCUACUCUGCACUGUCCAGUGACUACUGAUUACUGAACUCGACCUCGUGUACAACGACUAUUACUGCUACGCUGUUUAGUUUUCGCUGAACUACGGUGUUAUGGUGUGUACUUAUUCCUAAUGUAGUUUAACUGUUGCUGCAAGGCUCGGUGCUGGUACCGUACUCGCUGCUUCAGAAUGAACUUGGUAGAACUUCAGUUGGAGCGACUGAAUUGACUUCUUUCAUUCCUUCUGAAAAAUUUGAACUGAUUAGACUUUGUGUGGAACAACGGUAGGAAUCACUGUAUUGACUUCUUUUAAUAUGAACUGAUUAGACCUUGUGUGUAACUACGUACUGAAUUGACUUUGUGUGGUUUGAACUGGAUA